GACGGAAGUGACGCAGUCUUUACGCGACUCGAGACGUUGGCCGCGCAUUGUACGGGAAAAUUCAAACGAGUUUAAAAGGACUUUGCUGAGAGCAUGGAUUAUUACGAUCGGUACAAUUUGAUUGACAGCCUCCUAACACAGUAACACAAUGCAUCAUCUACUAGACAACCAUUUUACCGUUCCUCAAGCCCCUAAAGCUGCUAACAUGAUCACACCAGUGAAAACGUUGCCCGAAACGGGUCACCACUGGGCAAAAGGUGUAACUAGGUCAGGCAGAAAGCUGUCAAACCGAGAUGUGUUGGUGAUGAAUUCCACAACCCAGAAUCCUGAAGAAAACAGUCCAAAUAUUCCCUGUGAACUCAGCAGUAUUAAUGCUGCAGAGAUGGCUCUUCCGGAUAAAGCUGACCUGAUGCUGAAGAAGCCCACCGAUACACCAGCGAAAAUUUUUGCCAGGAUGAAAGCAAAAGUUCAUAAGGAUAAUGCUGUGAGUCAUGGAGUAGCUUCUGAUCAUGAGAUGUGUAAAAGUAUCCCGCCAAUCUCCAAGACCCAGAACCCACAAAUGGAUAACACCAACCAGGAGACAUAUGUGUUAGCCCUCUCUCCUCCACAGUCACCCACAGGAGCUUCACAGGAUGAAGAGAUGGUGCCUGACAGUGACAGACAAGAUGACAAAUCAUUCUCUGAGGCAUAUGUUUUACUGGAGAAGAAGCCCCAGGAGGUCUUUACAGAGCUGCAGUCGAAACGAAAACAAAUGCCAGAGAUGAAUCUUUAUAACAGACAUCAACAACCCACAGUGUUGUUGGAAAGGGUGGUUCUGGAUGAGACGUUAGCUCAGCUUCAGCAAAAGCCAAUGCAUUUUGCCAGUGGUUCAAAGGACGUCAAAGGUGGCUGUGUUGUAUUUGGUGAGAAGAGCAUUGUGACUGAUUCAACAAUUCAAGACAAUGAAGAAGGCUUCCAAAUGGAUGUUUCCAGCAGUCCUGAAUCUCAUGUCCUCGGCCAAUUCGAGUCGCAGUCAGAGUGCACAGAAUAUGAUCCCCCUCACAAUCUUCUGGACGAUCCUCUCCUGCAACUCUCUCCUCGUGUUUUGAUCCCACGAAAGAAAGUGCCGGUGUAUCAGUCUAAACAACAAGCUAGACAAAUGGACGUAGUUCCACAUGAAGGAUUUGAUGUGGAAGGUAUUCAUUUGAGAGAUUGGGUCUUGAAGCUGCUCAACAAAGAUCUUGUGGUUGAUGGUAUUCGCGUAGACACAACGGUUCCCUGGCACAGCAGUUUUAUCACUGAAAGAAUCGCAAGUAAUGUGCUUAAAACAUCAUCUGGCAGAACCUAUGUCCUCAUCGGAAAAAUGGCCAAACAUCCCAAUUCACCAUUUCCAUCAUGGUUUUUAAAGAAGUUUCUUUUUGGGAUUCCAAAAAUGUGGAGAGAGUACCUGAAUACGUUUCUGAAUGACCAUGCUGGAUUCCAGAAAACUAUAAAAGACAACAACAAUGUGAAUCAUUCUAAAGCCAGAAAUCAACAGACCACCAAAAAGUCAACACCCAAACAUUCCAAGCUUCAAAACACCAAGACUUCUCCCAUCACACCCACUGACAGUGUCCUGCAGGGUAGUGCAAAAGUUUCACGCAGUGGCAGAACCAUCAAGCCUCCGUUGGAAUACUGGAAAGGAGGGAGGAUUGUUAUGGAUUCUGGCAUGAAUGUCACCAUCCAUGAGGACUACAGUACCUCAGCAUUACCCACACCCAAGAAGCCAAUAACCCCAGCAACAUUACAAACCAUGAAUAAAUCAUUAAUGCCUGAAACUUUUGAAAGAGGGAAGCAUAACACAUUUAGCAGUGAAGAUGAAAUGUCAGUCCCGGUGAGAAAAAUCAAGCUACGUUCCAAAUCCCAAAAGAAGGUCCCGUCUCAAAACAAUCCACUUCCAGCACAGAGCACCAUGCCGUUGAAAACUGCACGAGCCAAGAAAGGAUCCCAGACUGUUGCCCCCAACUCCAGUCAUACAGCAAAACUAAAAGCUACAGAAUACAGCAGGCCUCAGAGAACCUCAAUGAGGAAAAAAGAGUUGGGUUCGAGAGAAGAAAUCUCUGCUCGCUCAGGGUCAGAGAUGCCUAAGAAUUACAUGGACAACAAUGAGGCAAAUGCUUUGUUUGGUCAAAAUGCUCAUUGCUCGCCUGGAGAAGAAAUGUCUUCCGAUGAACAAGGUCAGAAAGCAAAGCGUAACAGCAGGACCUCCCAAAAACAAAAGCAGGGAGAACUGCGCUCCAAUCCGCAUGCCAGCCUGCACACCAGUUCCUUACGGCGAAGCUCUCGCAUAGGUUCCAGAGUUCAGAACUCCACUGACUCAAACAGCUCAUUUGCAUCUCCGGACCCUCCAAAAAGAAGUAGAGGAAAAGGAUCUGCAGACCGUAAACGAAUAACUAAACCUAAAAAAGCUGAUGUCCUAACCUCCCUGCCGCAGAACUCUACCAGUCAUGAGGAAGAAAAUGAACACGAUUUAGUUAAGCGUUUACGUCGACCAACAAAGGUCUUGCGGAAAUAUUCUAAUUUUGUUGAAUUUGCCUCAGAUAGCGAUGAUCAUGAAGACCGAGGACAGCAAGGCCAGACAGCCAAGCUUAUGUCGAAGAGGACGAGACAAAAGAAAGUGUCAUUAGAUAAGCGGGAACCUAAAACAAAGGGACACUUGGCAUCGUUUGAGGAUGUGCAUUCUAAGCAGUCUGAAGAUGAAGAAAGUGUUCAACAUAAUGUGACAAAUAACAGACGUACGAAGAAGUCUGAGGUGGGAAGAGCAACACAGACAGAACAUAAGCCACAGACAGAACAGAUCAAUACGGAUGAACAGGAUGCAUUGGAUGGAAAAUGGACAGAAGAAGAGCUUCAGAAACUGCAUGAGGCAGUGAACUCAUUACCCAAGCACCAAAGUGGUUACUGGGUGAAUGUUGCAUAUGUUGUUGGUACUCGUUCAGCUGAUGAGUGUCAGGAACAGUAUAAUGCCCAUCAGAAGUCCAACAGAAGAUCCAGAAAAAGAGCGCAGAAGAAACCAGCGGCAACUGAGGAACCAGGAAAGGAAAUUGUUGAAAUAACUGCUAAAACUGGAACGCUUAAAAGGAGACAGCAGAUAAGAUAUUUUUUGGAGCACAUGCCCAAAGAUGACCAUGAUGACGUUUUUGCCGGCUCACCUAUGCAAAAUAAACAAAUCAAGUUGCCGGUGUUUUCUGCAAAUGGAGAUGAGGAAGAUUUUAGCCAGCUUCAGGAUCCUCAGACGCCGAGUUCUAGCAUGGCUUUGGCUGUUAAAACCCCUCAGUGUCUUCAUAUCAGCCCAGGAAUGCUAGGAUCUAUUAAUAAGAACAACAUGGACAAGUACAUUUUCCAUCUCCAGAAGAACCGAAAAGGGCAUAAACAGGGCAAAAAGGCUGCACCAAUGCUCACACCAACCCCAGCAGACAGGAAGACCCUAAAGAGAUGUGUUGCUGAAGAUGAGGACUUUGUUGUCUGGAAUAUGCUCUCUGAUAAGGAUAUUCCAUCAUCCAGAGCCGAUGACAGUGAUGAGGAAGAUGAUUAUUUUAUGGAAUACUGCUGAAUUUUGUUGUGUAGUUUUUGUAAAAUGUUUAUUAAUGACAGUUCUAAUUACGAGUGUAAUGUUGCAGAACAGUGUUGUCCAUCACACUAUUUUACCAUUUUUUAGCAUUUGGUUACAACAUUUGGUUGUUUUAAAGUGCUUUUUGAUUUGUGUUGUAAAACUUUGGCUUAAGUAUCAGAUAAUCAAAAGUAUGCUGUUUUUUUUACAUAAAACUUCUGAAAUUCUAUUUCAUAAAGACAUAUUGCCUGAGUGGAUGGUAUUUAAUUAACACCUUAUUUAAGGUACAUGCAAACAAAUCAACAUACAACAGUAUAAAUAAGUUCUAUACAUGUUUUGGCUUUAACAACUGUAAAAGCAGUGUUGUUAGAUGUUUUGUAGCUUUUAAAUAAGUAAACCAAUACAAUGUAUGAACAAAUAAAUGGAAAAUACUUGACCUUUCUCUUUUAAUUAUACUUAAGUGUUUUUAUAGGUAUAUAGUGUAUUUAGCUGUGUGCUGCUGAAGCUAUUUGAUUUAUUAAUCUUUAUUACACUUUGAUGAGAAUUAACACAUUUACGGACAAAGGUUGUGGCUAAAAUUUAGGACUGUCAAACGAUUAAUUGCA